AUGGCAUUGGGCGAUUUGAUGGCCUCUCGGUUCUCUCAGUCUUCUUCAUUGGCCGUGGUCUCCAAUCACUACGAUGACGGCGCCUCUACUCAAGCUGAUGAUGAUGUCGUUGAUUUAGUUUCACAGCGAAGGGAUUCCGAGGCUGCCAGUAGUAGCUAUGGCAAUGCAGGGACAAGCACUACUACAAGCAUGGCGUAUUUGCCUCAGACUAUCGUCCUGUGCGAGCUUCGUCAUGAGGCAUUUGAAGUUUCAGUACCUACUGGUCCAUCUGACAGUGGUAUCGUUUCUAAAUGGCGACCAAAGGAUCGAAUGAAGACGGGAUAUGUAGCUCUAGUUUUAUGUUUAAACAUUAGUGUCGAUCCACCUGAUGUAAUAAAGAUUUCACCUUGUGCCAGAAUGGAGUGCUGGAUAGAUCCAUUUUCAAUGGUCCCUUCAAAAGCUCUUGAUACAAUUGGUAAAACAUUGAAUCUUCAAUAUGAAAGAUGGCAACCAAGGGCUCGGUAUAAAGUACAGCUUGAUCCUACAGUGGAAGAGGUGAAGAAAGUUUGUAAUACAUGUCGCAAAUAUGCUAAAUCUGAGAGAGUUUUAUUCCAUUAUAAUGGGCAUGGUGUCCCAAAACCUACCCCAAAUGGUGAAAUCUGGCUUUUCAAUAAGAGUUAUACGCAGUACAUACCAUUGCCUAUCAGUGAUCUUGAUUCCUGGCUGAAAACACCAUCUAUCUACGUCUUCGACUGUUCUGCUGCUGGGAUAAUUGUGAAUGCCUUUAUUGAGCUUCAUGACUUGAAUGCUUCCGCAUCCUCUGGGGCAACGAGAGAUUGCAUUUUGCUUGCAGCAUGUGAAGCACAUGAGACGCUACCUCAAAGUCCUGAAUUUCCGGCCGAUGUGUUUACUUCUUGCCUAACUACCCCCAUUAAGAUGGCAUUGAGAUGGUUUUGCACGCGGUCAUUACUUCAUGAUAGCCUUGAUUAUUCACUUAUAGACCAAAUUCCUGGUCGUCAAAAUGACCGUAAAACCCUUCUUGGGGAAUUAAACUGGAUCUUUACUGCAGUUACUGAUACUAUCGCAUGGAAUGUUCUUCCUCAUGAUCUUUUCCAGCGACUGUUUAGACAAGAUUUGUUGGUUGCCAGUCUAUUCCGCAACUUUUUGCUUGCUGAGAGGAUUAUGCGCUCUGCAAACUGUUCCCCUAUUUCUCACCCAAUGUUGCCACCUACCCACCAACACCAUAUGUGGGACGCGUGGGAUAUGGCUGCUGAAAUUUGUCUUUCUCAGCUUCCAUCUUUGGUUGAGGACCCUAAUGCGGAGUUCCAGCCAAGCCCCUUUUUCACCGAGCAGCUGAUGGCCUUUGAGGUAUGGUUAGAUCAUGGAUCACAAGAGAAAAAACCACCAGAGCAGUUACCCAUUGUUCUUCAGGUUCUACUUAGUCAGUGCCAUCGUUUUAAAGCUUUGGUUCUUCUUGGAAGAUUUCUCGAUAUGGGUCCCUGGGCGGUGGAUCUGGCAUUAUCUGUUGGGAUAUUUCCUUAUGUGUUGAAGUUGUUGCAAACAACAACACCAGAACUGCGGCAUAUCCUUGUGUUUAUAUGGACGAAGAUACUAGCUCUUGAUAAGUCGUGUCAGGUUGAUCUUGUCAAGGAUGGUGGACAUACAUAUUUCAUAAGGUUUCUUGAUAGCCUGGAAGCAUACCCUGAGCAGCGAGCUAUGGCUGCCUUUGUUUUGGCAGUCAUUGUUGAUGGGCAUAGAAGAGGCCAGGAAGCUUGUAUCGAGGCUGGUUUAAUUCAUGUGUGCUUGAAGCAUCUUCAAGGUUCAACGCCAAAUGAUGGACAGUCUGAACCACUUUUUCUUCAGUGGGUUUCACUUUGUCUAGGGAAGCUGUGGGAGGAUUUUACAGAAGCACAAAUCAUAGGUUUGCAGGCAGAUGCCCCUGGGAUCUAUGUUCCUCUGCUGUCUGAGCCUCAACCAGAGGUUCGAGCCUCAGCUGUAUUCGCUUUGGGAACCCUGCUUGAUGUUGGGGGUGAUGCCUUCCAGGAGGCUUCUGGAGGAGAUGAUGAUUGUGAUGAUGAUGAAAAAGUUAGAGCUGAAAAUAAUAUUAUUAGAAGCAUAUUAAGUGUUGCUUCUGAUGGAAGCCCACUGGUCAGGGCAGAGGUUGCUGUAGCCUUGGGUCGUUUUGCAUUUGGCCACAAGCAGCACCUCAAAUCCAUUGCUGCCUCAUAUUGGAAGCCUCAGACUAAUUCAGUACUGAAUUCACUGCCUUCUUUGGCUCACAUAAAAGGGGGAGGUAGUGGAUACACUACUGCAAACCAGUAUAUGCCACAUCCAAGUAUCGUUGCAUCCCAAAUUAGUCCACUGACUAGAGUCGGUAGCGACACUGCCUCACUGGUGCGAGAGGGGCGAGUGUCUAACAGUAGUCCCCUUACUGGUACAGGGAUUAUGCAUGGUUCACCAUUAUCUGAUGAUUCUUCUCAACAUUCUGAUUCUGGCAUCCUUAAUGAUGUUAUAAGCAAUGGAGUUUUGCAUCACUCGAGACCAAAACCUCUGGAUAAUGCUAUGUAUUCACAAUGUGUGCUGGCCAUGCUAACUUUGGCCAGGGAUCCUUCUCCACGUAUAGCUGGCCUUGGGCGUAGGGUACUGUCAAUUAUCGGUAUUGAGCAAGUUGUAGCAAAACCUGUGAAUUCCACAGGCAGCAGUGGUCGCCCCAUUGAAGCUGCAACUUCUUCUCCAGCUCCAACUCUGGCUGGGUUGGCUCGUUCAUCCUCUUGGUUCGACAUGAAUGCUGGUCAUCUCCCAAUGACGUUCAGAACUCCGCCGGUUAGCCCUCCCCGACCUAGUUACUUGACGGGAAUGCGCCGAGUUUGUUCUUUGGAGUUCAGACCUCAUUUGAUGAGUUCCCCGGACUCUGGGUUGGCUGAUCCUCUUCUGGGUUCAGCCGUAGCUUCUGGAGGUUCAGAACGCAGUCUUCUUCCUCAAUCAACAAUCUACAACUGGAGUUCCGGGCAUUUCUCUAAGCCGCUUCUUACUGCCACUGAUGACAGUGAGGAGAUACUGAUUAGACGAGAAGAGAGGGAAAAGUUUGCUUUGGAACACAUCUCCAAGUGCCAGCACUCUUCUGUUGGCAAGCUUAAUAAUCAGAUUGCUGGAUGGGAUACUAAGUUUGAGGCUGGUACAAAGGCAGCACUCCUUCAACCUUUCUCUCCCAUCGUAGUUGCUGCCGACGAUAAUGAACGGAUUAGGGUGUGGAACUAUGAAGAAGCUGCACUUCUCAAUGGGUUCGACAAUCACGAUUUCCCUGAUAAGGGGAUUUCAAAGCUUUGCCUGGUUAAUGAGCUGGAUGACAGCUUGCUUCUUGUUGGUUCAUGUGAUGGGAACAUACGGAUUUGGAAAGAUUACUCUAUAAGAGGGAAACAAAAACUUGUUACUGCAUUUCCUUCUAUCCAAGGUCAUAAACCUGGUUCACGUAGUUUGAAUGCUGUUGUGGAUUGGCAACAACAAUCUGGAUACCUGUAUGCUUCUGGUGAGGUAUCUUCUGUUAUGGUUUGGGACUUGGAGAAAGAACAACUUAUUAAUUCAAUUCCCACGUCAUCAGAUUGUAGCGUGUCAUCAUUGUCAGCUUCUCAAGUUCAUGGAGGUCAAUUUGCUGCGGGUUUUGUUGAUGGUUCAGUGAGAUUAUAUGAUGUUCGGACCCCUGAAACGCCUGUGUGCACGAUGAGACCCCACACCCAAAAGGUAGAAAGAGUAGUGGGUAUUGGGUUUCAACCGGGACUUGAUCCGGCAAAGAUUGUUAGUGCGUCUCAGGCUGGGGAUAUUCAAUUCUUGGACAUCAGAACUCAGAGAGAUGCCUAUCUCACGAUUAAUGCCCACAGGGGCUCACUUACAGCACUAGCCGUUCAUAAGCAUGCUCCAAUCAUUGCUAGUGGGUCAGCAAAGCAGAUAAUUAAAGUAUUCAGUCUUGAAGGUGUGCAACUUGGAACAAUCCGGUAUUACUCCACGUUCAUGGCCCAGAAGAUUGGUUCAGUGGGUUGCCUUACUUUCCAUCCCUACCAACUGCUGCUUGCUUCUGGGGCUGCCGAUGCUUAUGUCUCUCUAUGGGCAGAUGAUAACACUCAAGCAAGGUGA